AAAUAGUAUCAGAAGGAAGUCAGCUCAAGUUUCAGUUCACCUUUGCAGACGGUGCGCAAGCACGGUUUAAACCAAUGAGACAAGUGGUAGACAGGGAAAACCGCUUGGACUCGUUCAAUAGGGAUUUCUUUGAGCACUAUCAAGCAGAGAUCGCCGGGUUUCAUUUGGACAGGGUGCUAGGAUUUCACAGAGCUGUACCAACAACUGGCCGAGUCGUUAACAUGACAAGGAUCUUAUCCAGCUGGGCCUCAGACAGACGUUUUCUUUCAGGAUGUUUACAGAUCACACACUGGUAA